CACCAAGCAUGUGAUUAAGAUGUUUCAGCCCAGUUACUGCUCUGUCAAACUCACAAGGGAUUAGACCUCAGUCCAACACACCCACAACACAGGUGAAGGAUUACAAUUCCCAGUGCUGGAACUUGAACACAGGUCUUUACAUGAUUUCUGGCACCAUGGGAAAAAAGCUGGAUCUAUCCAAGCUGACGGAUGAAGAGGCCAAGCACGUCUGGGAGGUUAUUCAGCGGGAUUUCGACCUGCGGAAGAAAGAGGAAGAGAGACUGGGAGAGCUGAAGACCAAGCUCGAGAAAGAGGACACGAAGCUGGAGCUGCUUGGGACCCAGACCAGUCUGACGGACUCACACUGCAUCCGGUGUCUGCAGCCGUUCAAGUUCCUGCUGAACAGCAAGCGCCAGUGUCUGGACUGCCGCCUCUACACCUGCAAGUCCUGCAGCCGCUACAACAAGAAGGAGCGAGGCUGGGUGUGCGACCCCUGCAGGACGUCUCGGGUUUUGAAAAUGGGCACCUUGGACUGGUAUCACGAGCACGUCCGCUCACGCUUCAAGCGAUUCGGAAGCGCCAAGGUGAUGCGAUCACUGUACAAGAGACUCCACAGCGAGCAGAGGCUUAAAUCUGAACUAGCGGGCUCCCGUGAUGACGAUACAUACAGCAUGCCUGAUGUCCGAGACAUGUACGAUAUGCCUGAGGAGGAUGAUGUCACCAUUGAUGCCUCAGAGGCCCAGCGCUACAGACUGAUUCGAAAGACCAAGCGUCUCCUCUCGGUUCACCCCCUCGAUUUCGAUCUGGACUCUGAGUACUCGACUCAGUCCCGCCGACAGUCUCUGCAGCACUCGGGUGGGGGGGGAGGUGUCACCCGGAAGGAGUCGAUGAUCGCCGAGGCAGAUAUUGCCUCCGUGUUCCAGCAGAUCCUGGAGGAGCAGGGGCAGGUGGGUGGGAACCCGGAGCAGGAGUUCAGCACCGAAGUGCACCUUCGCAUCAACUCCCGCAGGAAGAGCCUGGAGAAGUCCUCCAAAUCCGAUGACGGCCACUUCUCUGAGCACAGAAUGAUUCGAGCGCAUCCCUCUCCGAAAGGCAGCCCCACAGGCCAGUUGAAAGGGCAGCAGUGCUCCCAGUACUACGCUGACAUGGACAGCUCUGACGAGGAAGGGGAGGGGGUGCCACGCUUCCCUCUGUACCAGAGUCACUUCCCCAAGCGGAGGAGCCGAGCAUCCUCCCAGGAAAACUUGCACCACUCCAAGCCCCAGAUCUCUGAGCUGAACAAGCGCAUGUCCGCUAUCGAACGCCUCCUAAACCGCUUGGAACAGAAAAUCGUGGUGCCCUCAGAGGAGGGCGUGCAGUCUGAUGCAGACCUGGAGGAGAAGAAGCUGAAGAAGAAGCUGGGCGAGCUGGCCGGAAACAUCAGCGACAAGGGCCUGUCAUCCGAGGAAGAUGUUGGGAGGAGAAAGAAGGUCCUGAGAGAAGCAGUGAUGAGCUCCUCCAGCGAUGACCUCCCAAACGAAGCACAGAAGAGAUCUGCUGCGGCUCUUUGUGACAUCACAACAGAGGCGCUAAGAACCUUAAACGCCACUGAAAGAGCGCUCACCGAGUUGGUACCGCCAAAGCCCAAAGAAAGACACCAGUUACACGGGACAGAUGUAACGCGGGCAGAUGAGGCGUACAGAGAACUUGAGGAGCAUGUCUACAUGGCGGCUGGUAAGACCUACAGCCUGGAGAAGAAACUGAAGGACCUGGAAGAAACUGCUAAGAGUCGGUAUAGCGGCACCACGGACUCGGAGCUCAGCGAGCUGGAAGACAAGGUGGCAUCUGCAGCAGCUACUGUCCAGAACACUGAGAGUGAGGUUUCGAACAUUGAGAACAGAAUCGCUGCCCUCAGUGCAGCUGGUCUGACUGUGGUUCCGGAGAGAAACAGAAGGAAAUUUUCUGGACAGACAGUAGCCACACAGCAGUCGGUGCGGAGAAAGCUUUCUAAUUCACAUCAAAAUCAAAAAACCAAUAAUGGCUCAGCCUCCUUAAAGAAUGAAAGCCUGAUGUAAUGAAAGUGAAUUCCAUAGAUUAUUUAUAGAGGAACAAAAAGCGAAGGACAAGCUUGUUUAUAGUGAUGUACCUUUCAAUGUUACUGCCGAGAAGAAAUCCUGCACAAAUUCUUUUGUACAAAUGCAUUGUAUGUCAUGCCAUAUUAGGAAGCGUAUUGAUCAAACAUAGUUUAUUGUUUCCUUUGCAAACACACACACCAACACCCCCCCCCCCCACACACACACACUUACACACACACACACACACACACACACACUCCCCCCCCCAACACACACACACACUCACACACACACACACACAUAUAUAUAUGUAAUGUUACAUUGUUACUGUUUUGUGGCUAAAGUUUACAAAAUAAACUGUAAAUCCUAAAGAAAAAUAAAUCUAUUGCAUGUAUUUGAUCUGCUUUACCCUGAGGUAUUACCUGAUUUGCAGUCUGUUGAAACUAUCCACUAUUAACCCCUGCUGUUCCAGCUGCAGCAGGUCAACAACGAGUAAAAUAAAUCAUUUUGAGCUGGUUAUACCAGUGGGCUAGUAAUACCAAUUGUUGUUUUAUAAGACAGCUGAUUCUGUUAAUUAUUAACUUUCCUAUGUUACCAGCUAGAUAUUUGUCUUAAUAGGUCAUAAAGCCAAAUUAAAUCAAAUUGUUAGAUACUAUUUAAAAACAAAAAACCAAGAACCGCUGCCUAUACUUAUUAAUGAUCCCUCUAAAUGAGCACCACAGUUCAUUCAUUUUUAGAAAUAUGUUUUAUUUAUUGGCAAGUGUCUUCUAUCCAGAUUAUUUUAGACUGCCUUGUAGUGCUUUACAUUAUCUGCAAUAGAAUAACUGCUACUGCCACAUGUUAGGUUCCUUCUACUGUGUAUACUUGAUAUAUAAAUACUCAAUAAAAUAUUAA